AUGAGAUUUUCAAUCAAAAGAUUAUCCACGUAUAUUACGACAAUAUUUGGAUUGUUGUUUAUAUACUUGUUCGUGAAUUUUUCAAAUUUCAGAAUACGAUAUAGUGACUAUAUGAUCCAUUAUUCUUUGACCAAAGAGAAUUUCAAACAAAGUGACGAUAUAACGAGAAAUAGCAUUCAUUAUACAAACUAUGAGUUUUCGUUGAUGGAGGAAUUUUCAAAAAUGCAUGAUCCGGCUACUUUCAAAAAGAAUGGGCUAUCUGAAAGAUGUGGAGUGUUCUUUGAUUUCUUUGACAAGAAAGAUAAAGACUGGAAACUCCGUACCUUUGAUGAUGCUACAUUUGACAAGAAUAUUGUGCACAAAAAUCUGUAUUUCAAGGAUGAAUUAAACAAGUUAUACAAGACGAAGAAGAAUUCUGCAGAUCCACAUCCGGAUAUUGUUACACGGAAGGAGAAUGUUACUAUAAAUAACAUGUUCUUGAAAAGAGUAAGGGAAACAAAGAUAACAGAAAACUUGAUGGCCGAUUCCACAACAUUAUUAAGGAUUUACGGACAGUGUUUUAUUAAUGGCCCGAACGUUGGGCAUAAUGAGGAGUUACAAGAAACCUUUAAUAGGUAUUCCAGAAAGAUGUUUCCUUUUUUCACUAAUAAACUACCAGUUUUUGAGGGAAUUAAUGACGAGAUAAUUGAAAAGAGCUUUCCGAACAUGCAGAACGGAUAUAAUGGUGAAAAUUAUGAAUUUGAUGGUAAAAAUGUAGUUGAUUUCAUAAAAAGAUCAAGUAACGGAAAAGGGAUUGUCAUAUCUGCUUCUUCUUCGCAUGUCAAAGAUUUAGUAAAAUUGAUUCAGUUGUUAAGAGCAAUGAAUAACGAGUUUCCAAUUCAAAUUGUCUACAAGGGUGAUUUGAACAAUAGAGCUAAAUCAAAUAUUAUUAAUGCUGCAACAGGGGAAUUUAAAGACAUAAUUGAUCCGAAGAAUAAAGCUAGUAGCCACCCAGAAUCGAUCGAAGCACUGAUUCUAAACAAUACUGAAAAAUAUGGGUCUAAAUUCCCCAAACAAGAUUUAUGGUUCGUUAACAUUCGGGAGACAAUUAAGAGAAACUAUAAAUAUUCUUUUCCUGGAUACACAAAUAAAAUAUUGGCAUUAUUAUUUACAUCAUUUAAAGAGGUUAUUUUAAUGGAUGCUGACACCAUUCCAUUAGUUCCGCUUCAAGAUUUUUUCGAAACACAAGAAUACAAGGAAACAUCAACAAUGUUUUUCAAGGACAGAUCUUUAAGAGAUUUAAAUGAUUACCUUGAAACAAACUACUUUACAAAAUUAUGUCCUACUAGUGUAAAUUCAAUGGAUUCUUUGUUUGACGUUAAGCCUAUAACAAAUCACACCUUACUGAAUCCAUAUAUGACUGGAUAUAGACAUUAUCAAGAGGCAGGUGUUGUAAUGAUCGACAAAUCUAAACAUUUUCUUGGUAUUCUUAUGAUGUUUCCAUUGGCUGUUUGGAAAGAACCAGUUAGGUCAUCUAUUUGGGGAGAAAAGGAAAUGUAUUGGUUAGGUAUGUCAAUAGCAGGCGAUGAAAACUAUCAAUUUAAUAAGUAUUCUGCAGCAAGUAUAGGAGAAAUUGUAACCAAUCCAAAGCAUAAACAUUAUCCGGAUUCAGAUGCAAGUGAAAUUUGUUCUAGCCAUCCGGGCCAUGUGGAUAAAUAUGGAAGAUUGUUAUGGAUCAACUCAGGUUUUAAAUACUGUAAGAAAAAUACCCAUUUUAGGGAUCGUAACAAAUUUCCGUUCGAGACUUUUCUAGUUGAAGAAAUAGCGAAUCUAUAUGAUUCACCGUUGAAGAUAAAGCACGGCAUAGUACCGCCAGACUUGCCUAUAUUAAGGCGACCAGGAAGUCCAUUCGAAUUAAGGAAUGAAAAUCUAAUCAAGGACGAUUGGAAAGAAAGAACUAAAGACAUGGACGAGCUUAGCGAUGAAGAAUCCAUUAAGCAUAAGCAAAAAGAAAAAGUAAAUCCUCAGAAAGGGUGGAACAAGAAUUCAAUUUGUUCAAGCUACCAAUACUGUGCAUAUGAUAUAAUUGAUAGCCAUCCUCAUAAUGACGGUCUGGUUGAGAAAGGCCACAAAUUUGUAUUUGAUGAUGAAUUAGUUUCGGAAUACGACUAUCUAGGAAGUAUUUGGAUUAACGGAAGAACAAAGUCUCUGGUUUAA